AUGCAGACUAUGAAAGCUGCUACUGAGAUGACUACUAGGGGAGAUGUUAUUAUGGGGACACGACUCGGAAAGAGAAGAAGGACUCAUUCAACGAAGGAUGAAGAUUCUGAGGCUGCUAACUUGGGUAUUGGAAGUCAAGGUAGCUUUGAUAUCUGCAGGAAGUGUGGGAGAACCCAUAGUUCAAUAUGGAAUCUAGGGACAAAGAACCAAUGGAAACAUAAUCUUAAUCUCGAUCCAAAACUUCCGGUCAAACGAAUAGCUAAGAAAAAUCUUGCUGGUGUUAUUGGUUACAUAUCAGCUUGUACUAAAGUAACUCCAGAAGUUCUUUUUACAAUGGAAGGUAUUUUGAAAGAAACAUCACAAAGGGAAAAACGUAAAGCUACAUCAAGUGUUACUAUCUUGGAUGACGAUGAAGAUAUGGAAGAAACACAAGUUCAAAAUGCCAAAGCACGAUCUGUUAAAGAGGGGAAAAAGAAAGCUACAUCAAGUGUUCAUCCUUUCUUUAAAAAAGGUAUAAAUGAUCCUUCUCAACCCACUAUUAAAUCUGCCAUGCAAACUAAGAAAAGAAUAAAUUAUGUGGAUUUAGCUAUUACAAUGUGGUUCUAUGAUGUAUGUAUACCUAUGAAUGCUUGUAACACUCCAUAUUUUCAACAUAUGAUAGAUAAAAUAACAAGUAUUGGUUAUGGGUACAAAGCACCUAAUUAUCAUGCUCUGAGGGUAAACUUAUUGUCAGAUACAAAGAAAUAUGUUUCGUUGUUAAUUGAUUCAUGCAGAAGUCAGUGGAUUGAAAGUGGUUGCACGAUUAUGAGUGAUGGGUGGAGGGAUAUUAUGCAACUCCAUUUGAUUAAUUUAUUGUUUUAUUGUCCUAAAGGGAUAUCAUUUCUUAAAUCCAUUGAUGCAUCUGAUAUAGAGAGCAAUACAUUGAAUUUGUGUAAUUUGUUUGCUAAGAUUGUUGAGAUGGUAGGGCAAAAGAAUGUGGUACGAAUUGUUACUGACAAUGCUGCCAACUACAAACUUGCUGGUAAUAUGCUAUGUGAAAGACAUACUCCUAUUACUUGGUCUCCAUGUGCAACACGUUGUCUUAAUCUUGUAUUAAAGGAUGUUUUAGAAUUGGAUAUUGUGAAAAGUUUGGUCACUCUUGCAUAUAGGGUUACUGUUUUUGUCUAUACCAUAAAUGGCCCUUGA